UUGUAGAUGGUGACGAAAGGAUUCAUGGAUAAUUUGCCGAAGAAUCUCAAAAGGAUUUGGGAAAAUUGAAAAUUCGGAUUGCAUUGGCUGGACGUCUACUUGUUGAUAGCGAUUACUCAAGUUGAUAGCGACUUUGUUAAUAGCGAUUACUUGUUGAUAGCAAACUGAGGUGUUGUUGCUGGACAAUGAUGGUGAAAUUUGUUUCCUUCACGACUUUCGUUGACCCGUUGUUUUGGGACGAAUUGGGCAUGCGAAAAUUGAAUGAUUGGAAAUUGGACGAGCAACCUCAUUCGAUCACUGCUACAUAUUGCAACCAAGAUCCUGGGACAUCAAAUACAAGGUUAUCCAUAUCAUUUGAUGCAUUUUUGGUAAAAUCAGAAUGGAACAAAAAUGUAGUUCCUGUGAAUGGAUCAGUGCUUGCUGUAAAUACUCAUGAAUCAUUCAAAAAUCUUGACAGGAAACAGAUCUUGUGUAGUACUGCUCAAAAGGUGAAAAAAUGCAUCGAGUCGUUGGAUUGGCUUAAAAAGCCGUCGUUAUUGAAUACAUUUUACCUUACAGUUUAUCCGGAUCUGAAAAAAUACACCUUCCGGUAUUGGAACUGUAUUCCUGCACUCCUUUAUCCUCAAUCAGUGAGGAUGUUAUCAGAUCCCACACAUCUUUCUACCGAAAUGACGUCUUUGAUUCAAGUUUUCAUUGCAUUACAUCAUAAUGAACCGUUUUUGUUGGUCGGUAAGACGCCGACUCCCUUGUCUUCAAUACUUUUAAAUACUUUCGUGUGGAGCAAUGAUGUCCAUAUUGUUUAUGCAGAUCCAUCUACCCUGACAGGUUUUCCUGGAUGGCCUUUGAGGAAUCUGUUAGCAGCGAUAGCUUACGUUCGAAAGGAUCUGCAGAAUGCCAAGUUCGUCUGUUAUCGAAGUGGUGGUGUUCCCAGUGUUAUUAUACAUCUUGGUUGGAAAACAGAUGGUAUUCUAAGCACUGCCGCAGUAGGGUGGGAAAGAGUGAGAGGUUCGCUCUCUCCUACAUUUAUCGAUCUGCGUGGAAGUCUAGAUCCGCUAAAACUAAUGGACUUUAGCUCUGAAUUGAAUUUGCGUCUAAUCCGAUGGCGUUUGGUACCUAAUAUCAAUCUUCAGCGUUUUGCCAAUUUGAAAUGCUUGAUCUUGGGUGCUGGUACCCUGGGUUGUAAUGUGGCGCGUUCACUUCUUGGCUGGGGUGUCAAAAAUUUCACAUUCGUUGAUAAUGCUCGCAUAUCCUACAGCAAUGUCGUAAGACAGUCGCUGUUUGCUUUCGACGAUGCUGCAAAUGGAGGGAAAUUAAAAGCUGUUACAGCCGCAGAAGGCCUCCGUAAAAUAAAUCCAUUAAUAAAUGCUGAAGGCGUCUGCAUGAAAAUACCGAUGCCAGGCCAUAGUGUCUCAGAACAAGAGGAGAAAGAAGUUGAGGAAACCGUGAAACAGUUGGAAGAUCUGGUGAAGCAUCAUGAUGUAACAUUUCUGUUGCUUGACAGCAGAGAAGCAAGGUGGUUGCCAACACUUAUAACAACUUUCCAUUGCAAGUUGGCAAUUAGCGUUGCGCUUGGUUUCGAUUGUUUUGUUGUAAUACGUCAUGGUGUUUCUAAUGAUGAAACCAACGAAGAUUCCGAACAGUCACUUAGUAAUCUCAACAUUAUCCCUGGUUCGCAGUUAGGUUGUUACUUUUGCAGUGAUGUUACGGCACCCGGUAAUUCUUCUGUUGACAGAACCAUGGACCAGCAAUGCACGGUUAGUCGGCCAGGUAUAUCUCCAGCUGCUUGUGGUGCAGCGGUUGAAUUACUUGCAGCGGUUGUCCAGCAUCCUAAGAUGGGAGGCUCUCCUGCUCGUCUUGGGGAAAAUGACGAGUCAACAACUGUUCUUGGCGCAACACCACAUCAGAUCAGAUCUUUUCUCUCAAGAUUCACGCAGAUGACCCCGGCAGUCAGGCGUUUUGAGCGGUGUGUCGCUUGUGGGGCCGCUGUGCAGGCUGCAUAUCGCUCGGAUGGUUUUCAGUUCUUGCUAAAGGUUUUCAAUAGUCCGCUUUAUUUGGAAUUAGUUUCCGGACUAGAUCAGCUGCAGGCGACUGCAAUAGAAAUGGAUCUCAGAGAAUUCGACGACAAUGAGAGUGUUUCAUCUAUCUGAUAAGCUUUAAAUAAUCCGAUUUGUUUGGUCUUGUUUUCCUUCCUUUAACAUAUGUUUUUUGUAUUUGUUUUUAUUGUUAUAACUAUAAUAUUAUUUUAACGCAUUGUCCAUGCAAGAACCACAGAAAAAUCUCAAGUUUUUU